CAGCGGUGUCUUAGUGAUAAGGCCCCUUUUUACCUUUUGGGUACGGAAUCCUAAAAAAAGCACUCGUAGACACAUAUAUGCGUGUGAUAUUCCAAUUCAGAAUAGUUACUAAUACUACUGUGCUACUCACGGGUGCUACUGCUGUACUUACAACCAAUCUUGAUCAUUGAGACAUUAGUAGGGACUGUUCAUAAAUCUGUGAAAUUAAGAAUAGUACAUAGUUAAACUAUCUUUCACCUUUUUUUGUAUAUAUACAUUGGCUGUAUGAUUUUCUAGAACCAAGAUUCUAGUAAAAAUAAUAUGUCAAUGUUAUUGUCAAAUGUCAUUUCAUGCAUGUUAAAAAUGUAAACAAACAAAACUCUAACCUCAACAACGAGACUUGCUUGUUUGAAUAUUAAAUUAAAAUUAUAACAAACCCAGUGUAUAUAGUUUCAAUAGUUUAAUUAAUUUGCUACUGUGUUUCACUUUAACAUUCAAUUUAAUAUGUUUAACAGAUCUUCAGUGUUACUAAACCUAUUGAACAGAAAACAUCGUCUAGUGACAUUUUCGAAGUGUAUGUACAAUCAGAAAUUAGAAAGCAAGUAUACAGAUGCUGAAAAGGAGAAGAUUUUGAAGGUUAUAAAUGAUUCUGAUGCAGUAGAAUUGUCACGUUAUGAGUUAACAAAGGCGAGACUAAAAAAAAUAACACAAUGGAAGAGCAGCAAUGGCAUUCUCAAAAGUUUAUGUGACAUGGAAGUAGUGGAAGGCUUCUCAGAAAGAACGGCAAAGAAACUCUUUGACAGCAUCUUGGUGGGUCCACAGGAACCUAAUGAGAUCACUAGCAAGAUAAAAGGGCAGUUUCUUCAUCCAACGUUGAGUGAAAUUGUGCGACAGAAAUGCGAGUCAGUUCUCACAGUGUACGUGUCAGUAAAUUCAAUCUGUUGGUGUCUCAUUUGCAAAAAUGGCUAUGAAGUUGUUGAUUGGAAGUACAAUACCAUAAAUUAUCCGGAUGGGAAGAAGAUGCAGAUUACAGAUAUUUUAAAUAUUUCUUGGACGAUACUCCAGCAAUUGCCGUUAGCUGACAUCUACGUGAUGCAAGCGGAGGCGACAACCCUGAGGGCGGCGGGUAGUGACCCCAACAACCCUAAACUCUUAACUGUGAACCUGCAGAAAGCUCAAAUGGUGUCGAUGAUCGUAGCCCUCAUCAAUGCUAGGAGCAAUAUUGUACUAGACGAUGAAGAUGAGACAACUCAAACAAGUAUAUUUAAGAAUGAAUUGAAGCAAAAAGUAUACUUUUUAAGGCCGACAUUACCCUAUAGACUAUACGGAACUCUAGUCGGCAAUGAAAAGGUAUCAACCGACCAAACGGUGGAAAUGUUACUACAAGAUAUAAACAAUAAAUGUGAAAACAACUCUCACGUAUAUAUGUCAGAUAACCUCAAAAAUAUGUUCCGAUCUCAAAAGGAUCUACAAAAAGAUAUGCUGGGACACUGUUUGCUGCUCAGUCUAACUUUUAUGGAUUUGUGUAUUUAUAAAAAUGAAAAUAGUGUUAGGAAGUUGUUAAAGAAAAAUGGAAGUAAGUGAUCAGUCAAUUGUUAUUAAUAAAUCAUUUUUCAGAUGA